AGUGGAAGAAAUGAGGCGGACGGGCCGGGCUGGACCUUCACUAGGCUUCGGUCCAAGCUUUCCUUUCACCUUCCCCUCCCCCUGUCUGGCGCUCCUUCCCCUCCCCUCCUACGCAGAUCAGGUGACCCUCGUUGUUCGCCGCCCCUGCCACGUGAUGGACUCCCGCCGGGCGCCCCUUCCCAGCCUCGGGGGCGUCAUGGCGGCGGUCUGGGAGGGCUCUAGUGUGGCCCGACUGGUGGGAGGACGAGGGGAUCGGGCCCUGGCUCGCCUCCUGCCGCUCCGCGAAGCGGCCGGCGGAGACGAUAUAUUUUUAAUUAAGGCUGCUACUUCUCUUGAGAAAUUAAAAGUCCUUUGUAAAGAAGAUGAAGAAAAUAUUAAUCCAUCAAUUCUUAUAAAGCUUUACACACAGGCUAUAUUGGACAUGACAUAUUUUGAAGAGAAUAAGCUGGUAGAUGAAGAUUUUCCAGAAGACACUUCUUUACAAAAAGUAAAGGAGUUAAUCACUGUUCUUUCAGAACCAGAAGUUGUAGUUAAAGAAAGUAACCUGCAUCCAAAACAUUCUGAUAUCCUUGGGACAGAAUUACUAGAAUGCCUUUACUGGAGAAGAGGAGCCCUACUCUAUAUGUAUUGCCAUACUGUGACAGCAAGGGAAGAGUGGCAUUCGGCAAAGAGAGAUGUGCUUAAAAAGUGCCUCAUUGAUGGAAUCAGUUACUUGCUAAAGAUGUUUAAUUUUCGAUGCCCUCUUCAACUAAAUGAAGAUGUUUCUUUUCAAGACAUAGACACAGCUAAGUUACUUAGUGCAGGUGUGUUCAGUGACACUCAUUUGCUGGCUAUGAUGUACAGUGGAGAAAUGUGUUAUUGGGGACUGAAGUAUUGUGUAAAUGAAGAGCCAGAAAAUUGUGACAUAGACACUAAUGGACCUGGGACAAGCAGAAUUUCACUCAAAGAAUCCUUGGAUUUUCGAGAAAUAGGAGAAAAGAUUUUAAGAAAGUAUAUGUCUAUUUGUGAAGGACCACUGAAAGGACAAUCAUGGAAUACAACAAAUGCAAAGAAAAUGCUAGACUUCUUCCAACAUUGCCAUUACUAGUACAUUCUUACCUGUGUUAAUUUUUUCCUUUUUCACCACAAAAAUAUACAUUUUUCAAGAACUCUGGAAGAUAAAAAAAAAUUGCUGAUUCUGAACUAAUGUAUUUUAAUUCACAUUAUACGAUGUAGCAUGGUUAUUGAUUUUUUCAUCUGUUAAGCUAUCAACAUCAUUUGAUUUUUAAAACAUUUUAAACUUCUGAAAUAACAUCUCAAAUGACAAUCUGAUUAUAUGUGUGAAUUGUUGAAUAUUUCUGACUUCUAAAAGAAAGUUCAGUGUACUCUGAAUUUGAAUGGGAAAGCCUCCGAAUACCUCAUGGCUAAGAAUCUGAGAGUAUCUUAUUUCGCUGGAGGGUAUGAUAAGUUUUCUGUCUUCUCACUCCCACCCCUUUUCAUCAAAUUCCAUCUCUUCCAUACUUCUGUAGUUGUGUUGAGAUUACCAUCAGGUUCAUAAUUUUAUAGGCCAUUCUUUAUUCUUCCUUUUCCUUCACCCCCUGCCAGUGUAUGGGUUGAUCAAGGAGGACCAGCACCUCUGGUGUGAGGGUUUGCCAAGGUCUUUUCAGGGAUGUUCAUCUACCUUUGGUGCUCACUGUCAACCAACUCUCAACUGUGGCUCCAAAAAGCUGUAGCAUGUGCAGUGGCCAUACCUCAGUAAGACCUAGGCAGAAGGAGCUAAACCAGGUCUCGAGGGUAACUGACAGGCCUCAAAGUCAUUGGCCUGUUGGUGAGUGAGGGGGAUGUCUAUCCCAAGCAUAUGAAGACUUGCUCCCAUGCAGAAUGGGCAGAUGAGAACAAGUUGUUCCA